AUGUUCUGCAAUACUGUUUUUGUGACCCUUGUUAUUGUUACAGCUGGUUUAGAUGAUAAAUCAACAGAAUUACUUAAAAACGAACGAGAACGUUGUUGUUUUCCAAAACAAUAUAGUUCAAAAUCAUCGUAUAAUUUAACAUAUGAUUCAAAUCGUGGUAUGAUUGGAAUGAAAGGGGUCUCAAUAACAUUACUUGGUCAACAAAAAUUAAAUAUGUGGACGAUCGAAAAUAUAAAUGAUGAAAUAAUGUAUACUAUUGAUCAAGAUUUAAAAACAUGUCUUAAAUCUAAGAUCAUUUCUAAAACAGCUGUUUGUAUACCCGAUAUUGCAGAAUACUUUAGUUCAUCUAGAUAUGGAUAUGGUGAUAAGAAAAUUGUUGCUGAUACAUGGAUUAUCAAUAAUAAUAGAAAUCUCAAUUAUGUAACAGUUAGUCGUGAUGGUCUUUGUGUUCCAUUAACUGGACACAUUUUUGUCCACACACCAGGUGGAGUAACUACAAUGAUAACAACAGAUUUUGUACCAGAAAUCAAUGAUUCAAGUGUAUUCGAUAUACCAGAGGAAUGUAAGAAGCUAAAUUAA